AUGAAUGUUGAUACUAAAAUAUAUGGUGUCACGCCUCCCAUAUCCACAGCCACUCCUACGUCCAAAGAAAAUGAACUCAAUGAGUUACUAAUUAAGGAACUCAAGAUCAGAGGCUCUUUUGAAAGUGAAGCAGCUACAAAAAAGAGAGUUGAAGUAUUAAAUAUUUUGCAAAAAAUGACUGAAGAAUUUGUUUAUAAAGUUUCAAAGAAAAGAAAUAUGUCUGAAGGAAUGGCAAAAGAUGCUGGUGGAAAGAUUUUUACAUUUGGUUCAUACCGAUUGGGAGUUUAUGGGCCAGGUUCAGAUAUUGAUACAUUAGUUGUAGUUCCGAAACAUGUUACUAGAAAUGACUUUUUCGAGGUUUUUUAUGAUAUAUUAAAAUCACGUCCGGAAUUAGAAGAAAUCGCACCAGUUCCAGAUGCUUUUGUUCCUAUAAUCAAAUUGGAAUUUGCUGGUAUAUCAAUAGAUUUGAUUUUUGCAAAAUUAGAUACUCCCAGAGUUCCUCGAGAUUUGACUUUGAAUGAUAAAAACUUAUUGAAGAAUAUUGAUGAAAAAGAUUUGAGAGCAUUGAAUGGUACAAGAGUGACAGAUGAAAUUUUAACAUUAGUUCCAAAACCUACAGUUUUCAAGCAUGCUUUAAGGUGUAUCAAAAUGUGGGCUCAACAAAGAGCUAUCUAUGCCAACGUUUAUGGCUUUCCCGGUGGUGUAGCAUGGGCUAUGCUAGUUGCUAGGAUUUGCCAAUUGUAUCCUAAUGCUGUGAGUGCAGUUAUAGUCGAAAAAUUUUUUCACAUUUAUUCCCAAUGGAGUUGGCCACAACCAGUGUUGUUAAAGCAAAUUGAAGAUGGUCCACUACAAGUGAGGGUUUGGAAUCCAAGAUUAUAUGCACUUGAUCGUCAACAUAAAAUGCCGGUUAUUACUCCUGCUUACCCAUCAAUGUGUGCAACUCACAAUAUUACGAGUUCCACACAAAAAAUAAUAUUAGAGGAAUUACAAAGAGGAAUAAAUGUAAUGAAUGGUAUUAUUUUAGGUAAAAAGAGUUGGUCUGAUUUAUUUGAACGGAAUGAUUUUUUUCAUCGUUACAAGUUUUAUUUAUGCGUAGUUGCUGCUACUAAAUCAUCUGCAGACGAGCAUCUAAAGUAUAGUGGUAUGGUUGAAAGUAAGCUUAGAUUGCUUGUUCAAAAAUUGGAGUCCGUGGAUGGUAUAGAGUUGGCGCAUCCAUAUGUCAAGUCAUUUGAAAAUAGUUUUUAUUGUAAAAACGAUGAUGACAUUAAGCUGGUUAUAAAUUCUUAUGGUACUUUGGAAGGGGAUGAGAUUACCAAAAAUCUUCCGAAAACAAUAGAAGUUGGUACUACGAAUCCAUUUGAAUUACAUUUAACAAAAUUAUUCAUUGGUCUAAAAUUAGAUUUACAAAAAGAUGGAGAUAAAAAACUAGAUAUACAGUAUCCUUGCUCGGAGUUCUUCAAUAUAUGUAAAGGUUGGCAGGAUUUCCAAGCAGAAAAGCAUUUUAUACAGAUUAGAAAUGUAAAACUUUAUGAUUUACUGAAUGAUGUGUACAUUGAGAAUGAACAGAGGCCAGUUAAACCAAUUAAAAGAAAAAGAACCGUUUCAAAAAAUGAAGGAACGAAAAAGCCGAAAAGUUUGAGCUCAAUUGCUGCUUAG